AUGCCGGGACAAGAUGUGGGCAGUGGGUUGAGAGCAGUAGACGCCUCUCUCCUCUCCCAUCAUUACAACGGGUUUCUUGGUUUCCCAGCCAGGGUGAUAUCCAGUGAUUUGUGGAUUCCUCCUUCUGGCAGUGUGACCAUGGGCACCGAAUAUGAAAAAGAUCAUAUCAAGAAGCUGCAGGAGCAGCGUAUGUCCAUGCAAAAGAAAACCUUCACCAACUGGAUGAACAAUGUCUUCUUCAGGAAUAAUGUAAAGAUUGAGAUAGAAGAUAUUUACACAGAUUUGAAGGAUGGCAUCUCUCUCAUGAAACUCCUCGAGCUUCUCUCUGGAGAAGAUUUGCCCAAACCAAGCCGGGGAAAGAUGAGAGUGCAUUUUCUAGAAAACAACAGCAAAGCCAUCACAUUUCUGAAAUCCAAGGUACAAGUAAAAGUGAUUGGUCCUGAGAAUAUCGUAGAUGGUGACAGAACCUUAAUCCUGGGCCUUAUCUGGAUCAUCAUACUUCGAUUUCAGAUAUCAUCUAUAAAACUUGAUAAGGAGGAAUUUGGAGGUAGAGCUGAUGUUCUAUUUGCCAAUGAAGCCUUAUUGCUCUGGUGUCAGCAUAAAACUGCCAGCUAUUCCAAUGUGAGUGUGAAGGACUUCUCCAAAAGUUGGAGUGAUGGGCUGGCCUUCAAUGCUCUCAUACAUGCUCACAGGCCUGAUCUUAUCCACUAUAGCUCACUGAGGCAGGACCAGCCCAUUAAAAACCUGAACAAUGCCUUUGAUGUUGCUGAGAAAGAGUUUGGAAUCAGCAAACUGCUUGAUGCUGAGGAUGUGGCAGUGCCCUAUCCAGAUGAGAGAUCCAUCAUGACCUAUGUGUCACUCUAUUACCACUACUUCUCUAGACUGAAACAAGGCCAGACAAUACAAAAGAGACUUAACAAAAUUGUGUUCUUCCUGAAGGAGAUAGAUGACUUGAAGCUUCAGUAUGAGCAGAUGGUCUCUGACCUCCUGAAAUGGAUAAAACAGAAGGUGAUGGAACUGGAUGACCGUCAUUUCCCCAACUCUCUUCAGGAAAUGUGGCUGCUCAUGGCCAACUUUAAAACCUUCCGCACUGUGGAGAAACCCCCCAAGUACCAAGAGAAGGGCAUGAUUGAAGCUCAUCUCUUCAACAUCAGGACCAAGCAGAGAGCCAACAACCAACGGCCAUACUUGCCCCCAGAGGGGAAGAUGCUGCAGGAUGUGGAAAAGCGCUGGAUCAUCCUGGAAAAGUCAGAGCACAACCGUGGGAAAGCACUGCAAAAGGAGAUGCUGAGGCUGGAAAGGCUGGAACAGCUAGCCCAGAGGUUCUUGAAGAAGGCAGCCCUGCGCGAGUCCUACUUGGAAGACAUGAGGAAAGUGAUCGGGAAGCAGGACUUCUGGCCAGAGAGUGUGGACAGGAUGGAGGCUGCCAGUAGGAAGCUGGAAGCCAUUGUGGCAGAUGUACUGCCCAGGAGGGAACGCUUCACAGCUUUGGAUGAAAUGGCCACUGUUAUCAGCCAGGAGAACUAUCACAGCAAAGAUCAAAUCUUGCACAAGCAAAAGAGCAUUUCAAAGCAAUGGCAGGAUCUCCUGGAUCAGCUUCAGAGACGAGAACAAUCCCUGGGAAUCAUGCAGGAAAUUCUGGGCCUCCUGAGGGACAUAGAUGCCAUUACAGAGGAGCUGAAAGAGCUGCAGGUGCUAGUGAAUUCCCAGGACUGUGGGAAGCAGCUCCUUGAAGUGGUAGAUUUGCUGCAGAAUCACAACUUGGUUGAUUCGCAGAUCUCUUCCUAUGAUGACAGAUUGAUGCACAUCACCCAGAGAACAGGAGAAAUCAGCAAGGACAGCACAGUUAAAUCAGAACUGCUUUAUGCAAAAGUUCAGAUGCUUCGUCAGCUUUACCAGAAUCUCAGAGCUCAGAGCAAGUCACGUAAAUCUCAGCUAGAAGAUGCUUUGAAGCUUUUUGAAUUCUUCCGUGAUUGCAAAGAGGAAGAAUCAUGGAUCUCUGAGAAGUGGAAGCUGGCAAGAAUGACAACAUUAGGGAAAGAUGUCAGCCAGAUCACAGCCUCUAUUCAGAAAAACAAGGCUCUUGAAGUGGAGUGCAAUUCACACAGGGCCAUAUGUACAGAUGUGAUGAGGAGGGGCUGGGAGCUCAGCCAAAAGAACCCCAUGCGCCAGGACGACAUCCUGAGGCAGACAGACAAUCUCCAGAAGCUGUGGCAGCAGCUCCAAGAUGAGGUGGCUGACCGCAAAAGCCGCCUGCAGGCAGCAGCCCUCAUCAAACAGUACUUUGCUGACAUUGAUGAAGCAGAUUCGUGGUUGCGAGAGAGGCAGCCCCUUCUUGCCAGCAAGGACUAUGGCAAAGACGAAUCAAGCGCCGAAGCGCUGCUGCAUCGUCACUUGCGCCUGGAGAAGGAGAUUGCAGCCUAUUCCUCUGAGAUGAGGCGCCUCAAAGAGCAGGCUGACAUUGCAGCACAGCAGGCUCCAGCUGCAAUGACAAAGAGGGAAGCCCCAAGUGACUUAAAUCAAAAGACAACUAAGCUACCAUUCAGUCGAACCUGGGCAACAUCUGAAACUGCAUCCACUGGAACCUCAAGUAUGGAUGAUCAUUUUCUUCCAGAGAAUAUCUGGAAGACCCAAGAAGAAAUAGAUUCACUUUAUGAACAUCUACAGAGCAUGGCUGAGAACAGAAAAAAGGCUCUGGAGGAAAUGAUCGGAUAUUAUCGCUUCUGCAGCUCUUGUGAAGAAUUUCAGUCAUGGAUGAGAGAUAAAGAGAACAUUUUCCGCACUCUUCAACCUCAAGCAGACAAUGUGGAGGUCAUGCAGCAGAAAUAUCAGAGGUUUUUAACAGAACUGGCUGCAGGCAAAGGCCAGCUGGAAGACAUUGAAAACUUAGCUGUUAAAUAUGGAAAGAUCAGUCCCAGCAAAUAUUUUGAGAUCCAAACUUGGAUGGAAAAGAUCAACAUCAGAUGGCAAUCCAUGGAAACACUGAAGGAGGAGAAAGGCUCUGAGCUGAUUGGAGUGGCUGAUGUGAGGACAUUUCUUCAGGACUGUCAGAGCAUAGGAGUGCUACUGCAAGACAAGAUGGUCCAACUCAGGGAUCUGGAGCCAGGGAACUUGCCUGCUGGACUGGAGUCAGACAAGCGCAAACUGUACACAAUUGAGAGAGAGGUCCUGGUGACAGAGAGGAAAAUUGAAUACUUGAGGAGUGUUGCAAAAUCGAUCAAGGACACCAACCCUGCAGAGAGCAGGGCCAUCACUGAACAGGUAGAAAACAUGGAGAGACUUCUGGCAGAGCUCAAGCUGGAAAUCCAAAAGAAGCGGGACAUUCUGCAGUGGGCCCAAAACCAGAAGUCCUUCCUGCAGGACAGCCGUAGGCUCCUACUGUGGGCAGAGGGCAUUCGGGAGAAACUGAGCAGUGAAGAAAUGGGCCUGGAUGUGGGAUCUGCAGAGCAAUUGCUGAAGGAACAUCAAGACCUGCUGAUAGAAAUUGCCUCUCAGAAUGAAAGAUUUCUGCAGCUUGAAGAGCUUGGGCGCAAAGUAGUUCAUCAACAACCCAGUAACAACAGGAGCAGAGAUGUCCAGCAGACCAUGGAGAAACUUGCCAAGGAGAACAAAGAGCUGGAGGAAAUGUGGGGAAAGCGAUGGAAAAAGCUGCAGGAUGGCCUGGAAUUGCAGAAGUUCAACAGGGAGGGAGACCGUAUCAAUGCAGCCCUCUCUGGUCAUGAGGCAUUUCUCCGGGGCCAUGACCUUGGGGACCAUGUAGAUGCUGUUCGAAGCCUGCUAAAGCAACAUCAGGAAUUUGAACAACUGCUGAUGGCACUGAAGAGACGAGUGGAAGCCCUCAAUGAAAAUGGGGUGAAGCUAUUAGAGAGCAGGCACUUUGCAUCUCAUGUUAUUGAAGAGAGAAUGGUCACUCUCCGGAGAAGGUGGGAGCAGCUGAUACAAAGCAAUACCAAGCGAAAACAGAGGUUGUUGGAUUCCCUACAAUUACAGGAGUUUAAUCGUGAUGCUGCUGAGCUUUUGAUAUGGAUGGAAGAGAAGUACAAGAUCGCAUCAGAUGAAUCCUAUCGUGAUCCAACAAAUGUUCUGCGCAAGCUGAAGUGGCAUGAGGCUGCUGAGAAGGAAAUGUUGGCUAAUGAGGAGCACUUUACAACACUGAUAAAGAAAGGAAAUAAAUUGAUUGAAGACAACCACUAUGCUGCAGUUUCUGUCCAGGAGAAGAUGUCAGAGCUCAAAAAGAAGUGGAGGGAAUUGUAUGGCAAGAUGAUAGAGAGAGGUGAUAAACUGAGACAAGCUGGACAGCAGGAACAGCUCAUGGAACUGCUGCAGGAUGCCAAAAAGAAGAUAGAAAAAAUAGAGAAAGUUCUUCAGGAAUCUGAGACAGGCCAUGAUUUGCGCUCCAGCCGUGAUCUACUCAAGCAGCACAGACAGCUGGAAAAUGAGACACGUGAGCUGGCAGAGAAAAUGAAUGCCAUUGUAUCUCAUGCAAGGAAAAUGGCCACCAAUCACUUUGACUCCCAGAGGAUUCUGGAUGAAACACAGAAAUACCUGAAAAGGUUUGAGUCUUUGCAAGCACCUCUUUAUGAGAGACAUAAGCUGCUGGAAGCUGCUGUGGAUCUUUAUGAGUUCUACCAUUAUCAUGACAUGGAACUGACCUGGAUCAAUGAGCGUUUGCCUAUUGCCCAUUCCACCAACUGUGGGAAGUCCUUGGAUGUGGCUCAAAACCUGUUGCAAAAGCACAAGGAACUGCAGGCAGAAGUGAAUGCCCACAAACAGCAAGUCCAGCGGAUCCUGGAUAAAGGAAAGACAAUGAUUGUAGGCCAGCACCCAUCAGCUCAGAAAAUAAGUGAGAAAUGCCAGGAGCUUGUGACUGCCUGGCAGGGCUUGGAGAAAUCCUGUGAGGAAAGGAUGAAGCAGCUGCAGCAUUCAGUUGGCUUUCAGGAGUUUUUAAUGAAUACAUCAGAUCUGGAGGCUUGGAUAGCAGAAAAAUAUCCACUCGUGACAAGCAAGGACUACGGUAAAGAUGAAGAUGGAACACUAAAACUCAUCAAGAAACAUAAGGCACUGGAGCAUGAGAUUGCCAUUUACCAAGAUUUGUUGAAAGAACUGAGUGAAAGUGCCCAAACUCUUCCUCUUGUGGGCUCCAUCCAGUAUAUUGAGGUUGAUGCACCAAAGGAACAAGUUCAUUCAAGACUCCAGGAGUUACAGGAGCUAGCAGUAGCAAGAGGGAAGAAGCUUGACCAAACUCUUGUCUUGCAUGAGUUUCUACGAGAAUAUGAAGAUCUGGAAGACUGGAUCACUCAGCAGAAACAAACAGCCAGCUCUGAAGACUAUGGAAAUGAUUACGAACAUGUUUUGCAACUUUGUGCCAAAUAUGAUACAUUCCGACAUCAGUUGGAAGCGGCUGGGAAAAGAGUUGUGGCAUUCCAGCAGCUGGCAGACAACUUGCUGAACCAAGGCUAUUCUGAGUCCUGGGAAAUUCGGCAGAUGCAGAAACAGCUAAGGAACUCUUGGGAGGAACUGUUGGAAAUGACCAGAUUACGAGGUGAGCAGCUGAGAGAUGCUGAGGCGAUUCACAAGUGUUACCAAGAUCUGACAGAUGCCCUGGCCCAUAUUGAGGAGAAGUCCAAAAGUAUUCCAGAUGAUGUGGCUAAGGACAUGACAGGUGUUCAAAGCCAGCUCCGGAACCAUGUGGCCUUGGAGCACGAGCUCUCUGGCAAUGAGCAGCAGCUGCAGGAGCUGACCCGCUCUGCAGAUCGCGUGCUGCCCCACUGCUCCCAGACGCAGGUGGAAGACCUGAAGGCAAAGCAGCAGGCAAUAGUGACCAGCUGGAGGGCCCUGAAGGCCAAAGUGGAGCAGCGCAGGAGACUCCUGGAACAAGCCUACAAGCUUUAUGAAUUUCAGGCACAUGUGUGGGACUAUUUCUUAUGGACAGCAGAAAUAAUAAGGGAAAUGAGAGCCAAGGAGUCUAUUCGGGACAUAUCUACCAGCAGCCUGAGACUCACCCAGCAUCAACAGCUACUGGCAGAGAUUGAAGCACGAGAAGAGAAGUACAGUCAUGUUGUACAGCUAGGACAGUCCCUCUUGCAAGAUGAGGAAAUGCCAUCAAAAGAGAUUCAGCAGAAGCUACAGGCUUUGUCGGAAGAGAAGAAAAAUGUAUACAAUGCAUGGAGACAGAAGAAGGAGUGGCUGGAGAAAAUACACCAAGAACAAAUGUUCUACAAGGAUUGGGAUCACCUUGACAUGCUCCUGAACUCACAGGAGGUUUAUUUGAAAAGCAGUGACCUCGGAAGGUCUGUAGAUGAAGUAGAACAACUCAUAAGGAAACACGAGGCUUUUGAGAAGCUCCUGGCAUCACAAGAUGAGAAGAUGAUGUCUCUUCAAGAACAGGCAAGCAGGUUGGAAAAGGCUGAUGGACUGGAAGGUCAAAAGAUUCAGCAAAAACUGAAUGUUAUUCAUGAGAGGAAGCGUCAGAUCAAGGAUCUAUCCCAGAGCAGGAGAGAGAAGCUGCAGACUGCCCUUCUUCUGGCACUCUUCUACCAAAACUUGGAAGAGGCAGAAGAUUGGAUCAGUGAGCGCAUGCAGAAACUGGAGGAUCCUUCCAUACAAGACCCCAGCAAUCUGCAGGACAAGAUGAAGUUGCUGCAGAAGCAUCAGGUCUUUGAGGCAGAGAUUCUAGCAAAUGAAGAAAUCAUUAUAGCUGUUAAUAAGAAAGGAGAAGCCCUGAUAUCAAAAGGCCACCCAAAAUCAGGAGAGAUCCGUCGCCAAGUCCGCAUGCUUCAGGAGCACUGGGAGAAGUUGAAGAGAGCUGUUGCUGCUCGUGGGAAGAUGCUGGAGGACAGUCGGGACUUCCUAGAAUUUCUCCAGAAGGUGGACCAAGUGGAAGCCUGGAUCAGGGAGAAGGAGGUCAUGAUUAAUGUAGGUGAUGUGGGAAAUGAUUAUGAACACUGCCUGCAGCUCAAGAAAAAGCUGAAUGAGUUCCGUGGAGCAACAUCAGGGUCAACAGUGGAUGAUGCUCACAUCAGGACUAUCAAUGCCCUGGCCAUGAAACUGGAGAGACAGAACAAGGAAGAAACAAAGACGAUCUAUGAGCGCCGAAAGCAGCUCAAUGAGAAGUGGAACAGUUUUCAUGGUAACCUGAAUGCAUACAGGAAGAAGUUAGAGGGAGCCCUAGAGAUUCAUGCCUUAAUCAGAGAAAUAGAUGAUAUCACAGAAAGAAUUACUGAGAAGAGUGUAUUGAUACAAGCACUGGAUUAUGGAAAAGAUGUGGAAAGUGUGGAAAACCUGAUUCGAAGACAUGAAGAAAUGGAGAGAGAAAUCAGCGUUAUUAAGUCCAAAAUUGAGCCACUGGAACUGGAAUCUUUCCGCCUCUCCACAAGGAAUCCAUCCAUAAAUGACAAACUGACUGUGAAGCAACAGGAGAUGAAAAACAACUGGCUACGACUCCAGGGACAGGCCAAACAAAGGAAGGAGAAGCUGGAAGCCUCGUACCAGUUGCAGAAAUUUAACUUGGAGAUGAAGGAGAUACUAGACUGGGCCCAAAACACCAGAGCUUUAAUGGAAGCAGGGGCGCUGCCUAAAAGCGCCAAUGAAGCCGAAAGCAUGAUAGAGGAGCAUCAGGAGAGAAAGGAGGAGAUUGAAGCCCGAGUGGAAAGAUUCAAUGCUCUCAGUGACUAUGGUAAAGAACUUGGCAAUUCUGGUCACUAUGCAACCCCUGAGAUUCGCCAGUCCCUCUCCAGACUACAGCAAGCCUGGUCUGAACUGAUCCAAGCAUGGAAAGAGCAAUAUAUAAAAUUGUUUCAGGCACAAGAUUUACAGAAAUUCUAUGGCUAUGUGGAACAGAUUGAGAGCUGGCUCAGCAGCAAAGAGGCCUUCCUAGCUAAUGAGGACUUAGGGGACUCAGUGUCUAGUGUGGAGAGCCUGCAGCGGAAACACACACAGUUUGAAAAAGCCCUGGAAGCUCAGAUGGAGAAAAUCGAUGAGAUGGCUUCAUUUGCUCAGCAGCUAACACAGAACAAGCAUUAUGACUCAGAAAAUAUCAGCAGCAGAUGCCAAGCUGUUCUGAGGAGAAAAAAGAGACUGCUGGAGAAUGCUGCUGCUCGCAGACAUUUGCUAGAGGAAUCAAGGCUUCUGCAGAAGUUCCUGAAGAAUUCUUUUGAGGUGGCUGCCUGGAUUAAUGAGAAGAAUAGCAUUGCCCAGGAUGAUAGCUGGAAGGAUCCAAGCAAUCUGCAGACCAAACUGCAGAGGCACCAGGCUUUCCAAGCAGAGAUCAUGGCCAAUAGAAAUCGUCUGGACUCCAUCAAAUCAGAAGGGGAGAAGAUGCUCCAUGAAAGGCACUAUGCCCCAGAAGCCAUUCAGUCCAGACUACAAGAAAUGGAAGAGCUAUGGGAGGAGCUGCUAGCAAGUUGCCAGGAUAAAUGGACCAAACUGCAGGAUGCUUACAAGGGUCUUCAUUUUCAGCGAAAUGUAGAGGACACAGAGAAAUGGUUGGAAGGUGUGGAAAAUGACCUGAAAGCACCAUACAGUGACAAUGAUCUGGUGGUUUUGAACAGUCAUCUGAAAAAACAAGAGGAACUGGAGGAAGACAUUGCUGCCCAUAGGGACAGGCUGCAAGAGCUUGUGGUCACAGCUCAGCAGUUUCAGAAGGAGAAACAUUUCCUUGCUGAUGAACUGGAAGAGAAAGUGGAUGAACUGGUGCAGAGAUACAAAAGGCUACAUGAUCCUCUGCAGGAGAGGCGGGGCAGUCUGGAGGCAAGCAGACUUCAGUACCAGUUCUUCCGAGAUGUUGAUGAGGAGUUAGCUUGGGUUCGUGAGAAGCUCCCCGUGGCUUCCUCCAAGGAUUAUGGCAAAUCCCUGGUAACCAUUCAGAGUCUACAAGAAAAGCACCAGAACCUGGAGAAUGAGAUAAACAGUCGGGAUGCUUUGACCAAAGCAGUGAUCAGUACAGGACAGAAACUGGUAAGGGGAGGCCACUCAGCCUCUCGCAAGAUUAUAGAGCAGCUGAAGGAGCUUGAGACUUCUGUAGAGACCUUGAAGGCAGAGGCUCAAGAGAGGAGACAGAGGCUUAUGCAGUCCUAUGAGGCCCAUCUGUUCCUAAAUGAGUUGCUGGAGGUGGAGGCAUGGCUGGCAGAGAGGAGUUUCAUUCUGGAGACCUCUGAUUAUGGGAAGAAUGAAGAAUCCACACAAGUUUUACUUCGUAAACUUGAAGCUACCAAACUGGACAUGGAUAGUUUCAGGUUGCGGAUUGAGAAAGUACAGGAGACAGGAGCCAGCUUAAUAAACAAAGACAGUCCAGAGAGUUCAGUAAUACUUUCAAAGCUCCAGGGGAUCCUAGCAGACUAUCAGUCUCUCCUACAGAAGUCUGACACCCAGAGAAAACGCCUGCAAGAGCAAUUCCAGCUCUAUCAGUUUGAAAGAGAAUUCCAGCUGGUAGAUGCAUGGCUCUCCAGUAAACUGUCUGUAGCAGAGUCCGAUGACUAUGGGCAGGACUUAGAUGAUGUUGAGGUGCUGGAGAAAAAGUUUAAAGAUUUUGUAAGUGAGAUGAAACCUCUGGGACAUUCUAAAGUUGUCUCCUUAAAUGAGUUAGCAUCUAAACUGGAUAAGGAAGGCCACAGCAAGAUGGAUGUUAUCCAGAAGAGAACUAAGCAAAUCAAUGAAAUGUGGGAGAAACUAUGCAAUGCCAUUGAGAUAAGGACAGAGAACCUAAGAGCAGCCCAUCAGGUUCACCAGUAUGACCACGAUGUGGAUGAAGUAAAGGGCUGGAUGCAGGAGAAAGAGGCAGUGGUGGAUAUAGAAGAUUAUGGGUAUGAUCUUCCAGGGGUACAGACACUUCUCAGCCACCUUGAGGGAGUAGAGGUAAGAGGAUCUGUGAUGAAGCAGUAUAGUGACUUGGCCUUACAAUCCAUUCUGUCUCCAUUCCAGAGAGAUCUAGGAGUCAUUAUGAAAGAGCUGGAACGGAUUCGAGGAGACGCUUGGCACCUCAGCCGCACAUACCCUCAAGUUAAGGAAAACAUCAUGGAGAGACUCACAGAUGUGGAUGAGUGCUGGGAAAACUUGGACAAAAAGUUUCUGGAGAGGAAGGCAAGACUGAGCCAGGCAGAACAAGUCCAGCUCUACUUCAAUGACUGCAGGGAGCUGAUGGCCUGGGCCAACGAGAUGCAUGCUCUGGUGAUCUCUGAGGAACUGGCAAAUGAUGUCCUGGGAGCAGAGUUGCUCAUCAAGCGCCACGAGGAAUACAAGCGUGAGAUAGAAAAGCAGUGGCUGAAAUAUGAAGAAAUGCAGCGAGCAGGAGGUGACCUGAUGAAGAAUGGGCAUUUCAUGUCUGUAGAGGUGUGUAUUGAAGAAAAACUGUUAGAGCUGUCUGAGUUGAUGAAGAAGGUAAAGGAGAGCUGGGACAUGAGGAAAGUGUUAUAUGAAGAAAACUGGGAGAUCCAAUUGCUCCGCAGAGAGCUUGAACAAGCAGAAGCGUGGCUGGCUGCCAAGGAGAGCUUUCUUUCAGAUCCCUCCUAUGGGGAUUCAGUGUCUGAAGUAGAGGAAUUAUUGAAGAAACAUCAUGAUUUUGAGAAGAUGCUUGCAGCACAGGAGGAGAAAUUUGCUCAGCUAAGCAGGAAAACUAAGAGAGAGAUGAAUCUCCUGAAACAAGUGGACACAGAAGAGAGUGAGCAGAAGGAAAAAGGCAAAGUUGUCCGGGUUCCUUCUCUGAGAAGAAAACCAUCUGACAAAAGGAAUGCACCGCCCAAAGUGACAGAGACAAAGAGCACAAUGCCACUGCCACCUGUGCCCACACACAGCGUGUCAUGGAGGGUCCCACUUGAAACUAUUUUCUCCCCUAUUGAAAAAUCUCCAACAAGGUUCCAAGAAUUCACUUCCUCAGAAGUCCCUGAAGUGCAAAGCAGCAACAAAACAGAAAUGAAAGCUGAGACAAGGCUCGGUGAAAUUAUCACUCCAGCUACACCAAAGGUGGUGGGCCCACAGGCUGUGUCUUUGGAGAGUUGCAGCUCUUUAGGCUCUCCUUUAUCUCCUACUCCUAUAAGCCAGCAACACAGCAGCAAUUUGUCACAAUCACAGGCCACAGACCACAGAUCUCCUCAGGAAAAAGGUUCUAUAGGCUCCUCUUUCUCCAGCCUGCAGAGCAAACCAACAGCAACACCACCCGAGCCUGGACGCAGGUCGCUAGAUAACUUGCCAAACUUACUUCUGUCUAGCUCCUCUUGGGAGAGAUUAAAGAACACGUCUUCGGUUUCUGCAAGUCUCCAAAACAUGGAGGGUUUCCUAGAAAAGCGAGACCAGCUCCUUCCACGAAGACAACAGCCACACUCAAGGUCUUGGAAAUCCUUCUAUGUAAAACUUGAUGGAUUAAAGCUUGAUUUCUAUAAUGAUGACAAAGAAGAAACUAAGAACAUAUCCACUGUCCUGUCCCUCGACAUUUCUGGUGCAAAAUGUGAGAAGCUGGUGAAUUACACCAGGAAGGAGAAUGCCUUCAUGCUGAGGCUGAGAGAUGGGGCAGAGUAUUUCCUUGCGGCACCUUCUCAGACACUGAUGGAGGACUGGCUGCAAUCACUACAGAAUAAUAUAGGACAUGGUAACAGAUCCUAUUCUACAGUGAUGGCUCAAACUCUCAUUUCAAGCACAGAGACAUCCCAGAAAAGAAUGUGGGAUUUUCCAGACAGGGACUCUGCUGAAAGACUAAGCAGCAAAAGCUCACUCCUGAGGAGAACACCUUCCUUCAAAAUCAAACCAGAGAGAGGGUCUGCAGAAUUUUCCAGAGAUUUUAAGGUGGACCUACAGUGACACAAGCCACAAUCACCACCUUAAGCCUAGAACAGAGUGGAAAUAAAA